UAUUCUAUUCACCUAUUCAGAGAGUGAGCAGUCAGCGCGAACAAAGCUGCGGCAGAUCGCGCGCUGAUUGGUUACCGGGUACGGUGCCAGAGGUCCACUACAACAGAUGGGGUUCUCCUCUCGUCGCGCAGACGCCACGCAUGCAAGCCCCGGUGCGUGCAUACAACGAUUGUUUCCUAUGCCCGGAUAGGGCGAACCGAGCAGGGACCGAGCAGGGAACGAGAAGACUGGGCGACGCACGGUUUACGGUUAACGACUAUCCCACCCGAAACCCAGCGUGGCAGAGAAGAACCAAGCCCAGUUGAUCGUUCGUAAACAUUAACAACUUAAGCCCGAAGAGGUCCUGAAAAUCACCAGACUAUCGAGCAACUCUGUCCAAAGGACACAGUAGCUUCAUUGGCUCCAGCCGGGCCGUCUUCAGGCAAACUCCUCUGACGGGACCCUGAGGACUAACUUAUCGUGUGUUUGUGCAGCUAGCGGAUCUCUCUCUCUCUUUCCUGGCCUACCAGGAUCAUACCGAUCUUAGCACGGUAAGCCACACAGCGGCCUGGCCUACCAGGAUCAUACAGAUUGUAGCACGCUCCUCUCAUGCUGACUGAGAAUGGAUAACAUGCAGGAUGGGGUUCAGAUUGGAGACAACAAGUUCAUCAGCAAGGCAACAGUCCUGUCCCACCUCAAAACCUACAACCUCUAUUAUGAAGGACAUAACCUGCAGUUGAGACACAGAGAGGAGGAAGGGGAGCUGAUCGUGGAGGGUUUGCUGAAUAUCUCCUGGGGCCUGCGUCGACCUAUCAGAUUGCAGAUGCAGAACGAUCACGAGCGAAUCAGACCUCCUCCCUCGUCUACAUCCUGGCACUCCGGCUGUGCCCUGGAUAAUCAGAGCAAUGAAGGUACCCAGCAGACCCUGCCCAACAUAGAAGUGACAGAGCACGAGAGCCAAUCAGAGGACAGUAUUGUGAAGGCGGAUGAGGAAGAAGAGGAAUAUGAGCACUCCGCCCAGCUACUGAGGACGAAGAGCGAUGCUGGGUUUCUGAGGAAGGCCCAGCGCCGGUCGCCUAGCGACCAGAGGAGGAUACGACGACAUCGUUUCUCCAUCAAUGGACACUUCUACAAUUACAAGACUGCAGUCUUCAUUCCAGCGUAUGGUUCAGUUACUAAUGUGCGGAUCAACAGUUGUAUGACCACGCCCCAGGUGCUACGAGUGCUACUUAACAAGUUCAAGAUUGAGAACAGCCCAGAUGACUUUGCGCUGUACCUUGUACACACCAGCGGCGAGCGUGCAAAGCUGAAGCGCAGUGACUACCCCCUGGUGCUGCGUGUGCUUCAGGGUCCGUGUGAACAGGUCAGCAGAAUCUUCCUAAUGGAGCAGGACCUGGGAGAGGAAGUCACCUAUGAUGUGGCGCAGUAUAUUAAGUUUGAGAUGCCAGUGCUGCAGAGUUUCAUCACCAAGCUGAAGGAGGAAGAGGACCGGGAGGUGCAGAAACUCAGGAGCAGGUAUACAUUUCUGCGGUGUAUCAUUGAGAAACAGCUGCGUUGUCUUCCUGAGGGGACAGCCUGUAUGUGACCUGGUCUAGGGAGGGACCACCAGAUCUUCCCAAAAUCUCCCUGACCUCUUUAGCUACCCCUCCCAAACCCAGACGCCGUCCCAAGCCCCAAACAGGAGUGACCAUGAACCACCCCGAGGAGAGGCAUCCAUUCCAACCUCGCUUUAAUCUCUUCCAAGACCUCCAUAGGGACAGUGUACUAACUCUGUGAGCUGGGUUGUGUGUGGUACCUUUCUCAGUUGAGGUUGGGGUCAUUAUGAAACAUGAUGUCUGCUCUUUCCGUCCAUACCAUGAACAAACAGUACAUAUCCUCCUUGCUGUCCCAAUCCCUCUCUGACACACCUGCCUCUCUGUCGUGCCAUCUGCAUAUUAACUGUAUCAAUAUCAGCAAUAAUAAUGGUUAAUAAUGAAGGUAAAGAUUGGCACUUUUCUCUUGUGGAUCUGUAUGGGGCAUUGAGACUAUUCCAUGUCCUAUACCACUCAGAUGCAAAAUAACCUAAAGCACAUCUAAAUCUCUAUCUCUUUCCAUCUAUUGUUCUCUCUACCUCCCCUUGCAUAUUUGUAUUUUCUAUUUUUGACCAAAGCCCCAUUUUGCCACCUGCAGAUAACUGAUUGUCUCCCUCUCCAAACCAGAACCUGCCUUAGACUCAAGAAUGGCAUCCCACACUAGAUGAGAUUCUCACCCACCCAGUCAGUCGGUAGGCGGGUUGAAUGACUCCUGUCCUGUGACAGUAUAUGGUGUUGAAACAUGACUGUCACACAAGUGUGGUACAGUACUAUCUCCAUGAUCAGCUCUACAGAGGCAGGAACUGUAAUUUAACUUCAUGACUGUUCUUGCCACAGUUCAUCUAAAACUGUCUCCUAACCAAUUCUAGUGGAAUGGAAAAAACAUGUAUUUCUGCUACCUGUGUUAUUUUUUUCUUUCCUUUACUUAACUAGCCAAGUUAGUUAAGAACAAAUUCUUAUUUACAAUGACGGCCUACCGGGGAACAGUGGAUUAACUGCCUUGUUCAGGGGUAGAACGACAGAUUUUUACCUUGUCAGCUCGGGGAUUCGAUCCAGCAACCUUUCAGUUACUGGCCCAAUGCUCUAACCACUAGGCUACCUGCCGCCCCAUACCAGGGUUAUGCCAGGGUUAUAAUCACAUAGUAUAGUGUGAUAUGACCUGUGUGUCUGCUCUACUAGCAUACCUAGAGACUGAAGCACAAAACAUAGAGGACCAGAGUUCCUUAAGAUUGUGAAUUAUGUACAUGAUGAAUCAACUACAAUAGCUCAAACGAGGGAAUGUUUUGUGUGUGUGUGUUAGGUUGUGUGUGUGUGUGUGUGUGUGUGUUAGGUUGUGUGUGUGCACGCAUAUUUCUGAAGCAGUACUUACUUUCCUGGUAGAUAGUGAUCUGUGUGACUGUGUGCAUGUGUGUGUGUAUGACUGUAUACAGUACUUUGAGAUGUGGUACAACAAUUCUAUUACACCUAUAUCUACCGUCAGAUUUUAAAAUGUUGCUGUAUAUUGUGUGUGAGCGAGCGUGUGUGUGUGUGUGCAUGUAGGUCUGUCCUUUCAAUUUCUAUGGCUCUUUCAAGACUGACACAUUUAUUUCAUAAUAAAAUGUUUUAAUGUUG